GUUAAAAUUAAUUUGCUCGUUAAACUCCUACAUUCUCAGUCGUGCUUCUACAUCUACCUUUAUAAGGCUAGGUCAUUAAUCAUGCUCGUAUGUAUCAUCAUACUAUGUUUCUUUGGGACUGAUCAGAGGAAUAAAAUUACAAUUAAAUCGCACGCAAGAGUAGUGUUGGGCCAACCUAGCAAAAUAUAUUUCGUGAUUUAUUCCUUGUCAGUCUGCGGUCCCGUGCAUACGUUCACAAAUGUGUGAAAUAUGUGCUUUAUGCCGAGCUCAUCAGUGCCAGGCCGUGCCAUGACUAUAAUUUAACAAAAAAAUACCAUCUAUGAAACUCCCGCCUUUCCUCGUUGGGAUUCCAAGCAAGGAGGUUCUGUCACGUUGCUAUGGCAACGUGCGACAAACACUGUCAAACAUUUUCAUUGAGUAGCGAUCAAAACGGGUCGGCUAACGAUUAUGCGUGUGUGAUGUAUGACGAGACGGUGAACGUGGUCAACGCAAGAGAGAUCGACAGCCCGUCGAGUGAAGAGGAAGUUGUUAAAGCGACGAUGUCCAAGUUUAACCCCCCGGUGAGGCAUACGGCGAGGCAUGACUUCGACUCAGACAGCGAAACCGAGUCUGAUGUCGACGACAAGUUUUUGGGCCAUCUCUCCGGAGAAGAUCAGUCUCCAGAUGGGAAGUCCCAACCUUCGGAUAAGUCCGUGGAAAUCCCGAAGGCGAGCCGAGUGGAUCUGACCAAGGAGUCGAGCGGCAGAGCCAGACCUGUCGUGAAACGUGAAGACACAUCCAACUCAGACACAGACACGGGUGAUAUAGAACCCGAACGAGUGGUAGACCCGGCCCUGGGCAGCGGUCGCAAGCGUGGCGGAGGCGUGGUCAUACCAGCUGAAGGCGCUUACGACCCCAAGAACUUUCUAGACUUGAAGGUGCCUCCAGAUAUGGAGAAUAUAUUUCAGUAUAUUAUGAAGUACACUCCUCAAAAGAUCGACAUAGACCUGAAGUUGCAGCCGUUCGUGCCGGAGUUCGUGCCGGCUGUAGGCGACAUCGAUGCCUUCAUCAAGGUGACCACUCCGGCCUGUAAUGUACGGGCUGCUACACUUGCUGAUAAUGUGUUGGAGCAUAUUGAUAACUUGGGUCUAACGGUUCUGGACGAGCCGGCGGCGGAGCAGAGCGACUCGGCUCUACUGCAUCUGCAGCUGCGAGCCAUCUCCAAGACUAGCAGCGCCAAGUCCACUGUGUUGACGAAGAAGAUAGAGAAUGCGGAGAAGAACUCCAAAGCCAUCGAGCGUUGGAUCAAGGAUGUCAGCGAAUUGCAUCUCUCUAAACCAGCUCCCACUGUGGCUUACACUAGCAAAAUGCCCGACAUAGACAACCUAAUGGAAGAAUGGCCAGAAUCUAUGGAGGAAACUCUAAACGAGGUCGGUUUCCCACCCGGAACCAUAGACUGCACCCUCUCUCAAUACGUGGACUUAGUGUGUGGUCUGUUCGACGUGCCCAUCGCUGGGGACACAUUAAAUGAUAGGAUACAAGCUUUACAUUUGUUAUUUAGUCUAUAUUCAGCUGUAAAAACUUCGCAGUUGUACGCGGAACGACAGAAGGAAAGAAGCGAUAGUAAUGCCUAGUUUUGUAAGAAUAAAUGUGUUGUUUGAUUUGGAAA